GAUAAAAAUAUUGCUAGUAAAGAAAUAACAUCAGCUUGAAAUUUCGCGAAUUAAUUUGAUCCAAUUUGGGGAUACAAACAUCAAUGGUUCUGACAGUAGGUUUAUCUUUGUAAGACUACUCCAUGUUUGAUGCUCCUUGUGCUUAGAGGUUUCCACCAUGGUGAAGAAAACGUUGGCGGACAAAACGCCUCAAAACGAAGAUUCUGCGAAAAAUAAUGACGAUACAUUGAACGACGAUGAAGAAGCAAAUUUUAGCGAUCCCGAAGGAUUUGUCGACGAUAUCACUGACGAAGAACUUCUUGGUGAUAUAUUGAAGCAGAAGCCAUCAGAGACAGAUGGAGUGGAAUCAGUGAUUGUCGUUGACGGCGUUCCUCAGGUUGAACCAGAAAGAUUAGAAAAACUUCAAUCUGUCAUUAGCAAAGUCUUAGGAAAAUGUGGUACAAUAGUUAACCAAUAUUAUCCUAAGAAUGAGAAUGGAUACACAAAAGGAUACAUAUUUCUGGAGUACAAUAACCCUCCUAAUGCCUUAGCAGCUGCUAAAUCUGUAAAUAAUUACAAAAUUGAUAAGCAACACACAUUUAAAGUAAAUUUAUUUACCGACUUCAAGAAAUUUGAAGAGAUCUCAGAAGAAUGGGAACCACCUAAACCACAACCAUUCAAAGCUGCAACGGAUUUACAUUAUUAUCUUUUAGAACCAGAUGCUUAUGAUCAGUUCUGUGUACUUUGUGGAAAUGGUCCCUCUCUUACUGUUCAGGUUUGGCAAAAUUCUGCCCCUGAACCAACAUUACUCGAAGAACGUUCGCGUUGGACAGAGACCUAUGUCAAAUGGUCUCCAUUGGGAACAUAUUUGGCAACAUUUCACAAACUUGGUGUUGCAUUAUGGGGUGGUCCUCAAUUUUUACAACAAGCAAAAUUCGGUCAAAAGGGUGUUGAAUGCAUCGACUUCUCACCUUGUGAACGUUAUCUAGUAACUUACACUCCUCGAACUGAUCUCGGUUCGGAUCAGAAACGACUUGUCAUUUGGGACAUUUUGACCGUUCAGGAGAAACGUGCGUUUGAUGCAGAUGGAUCUUCCGUGUGGCCCAUUUUCCGCUGGUCGUAUGAUGAUAAAUAUCUUGCUCGUAUGGGAGAAGAUAUUUUGAGUGUUUAUGAAACACCGUCAUUUGGAUUAUUGGACAAGAAAAGUAUAAAAAUUCCUGGAAUCAGAGAUUUCAGUUGGUCUCCAACAGAUAAUGUUCUCGCUUACUGGGUACCGGAAGAUAAAGAUGUUCCGGCUAGAGUCACUCUUCUUGAAAUUCCAAACCGUAACGAAAUACGUAACAAGAAUUUGUUUAACGUCGCCGACUGCAAGAUUUACUGGCAAAAGUCAGGGGAUUACCUUUGCGUGAAAGUAGACCGUUUUGCCAAACGUAAAGAAAAGACGGAACAGAAGUACACGGGUAUGUCGUACAAUUUCGAAAUCUUUCACAUGAGAGAAAAGCAAAUUCCAGUUGACAGUGUGGAAAUAAAAGAACCAAUUCAUGCGUUCGCCUGGGAACCUGUUGGAAGUAAAUUUGCUAUCAUUCACGGGGAGAUUCCAAGUGUUAACGUUAGUUUCUACGAAGUGCGGUAUGGUCAUCAACCUGCUCUUCUUAAAAAAUUGGAGAAGAAAGCUUGCAAUCAUUUGUUCUGGUCACCUUCGGGACAAUUUAUCGUACUUGCGGGAUUAACGACCAUGGCAGGUGCUUUAGAGUUUAUUGAUACUAAUGAUUUUACUGUUAUGAAUUCGACUGACCAUUAUCAAACUUCGGAUGUGGAAUGGGAUCCUACUGGACGAUAUGUUGUAACAGCGGUUUCCAGCUGGAAAACUAGCGUCGAUAAUGGAUACUGGAUAUGGACUUUCCAAGGACGUAUCUUGAAGAGGGUUAAUCUUAAUCAAUUUAACCAGCUGCUAUGGCGACCAAGGCCGCCAACGUUAUUAACGCCAGAACAAAUUAAGGAAAUCAAGAAGAACUUGAAGAAGUAUUCUGCACAAUUCGAAAGCAAAGAUCGUAUGCGAUUAACACGUGCCUCGAAGGAAUUAAUUGAGAAACGGUGCGCAGCCAUGAAGGCGUUCGAUGAAUACCGAUCGCAACGCGUGCAAGAAUGGAACAAUCAAAAGAAACGACGUUUAGAAUUACGCAAUAAUAUUGAUACCGAUGAAUUAGAUUCUGAUUCGAAGAACGUAGAAGAAGAAGUAAUUGAAUUUUUCGUCAAGGAGGAAACAUUCGUUAUCGACGACAAAUAAAACUUUCUGGGAAAAUCUUUUCUCUAACUGCCAUUUCUGGAAAUCUCUAGUGCAAAACCAAUUCAAUCAUUUGUGCAAAGUGUCAUCGAAACAGAAAUCUUCCGGAGUCGCAGUAAUUGUGACUCCCAAUAGUGGACAAUGACUAUUCUAAGUGGUUAUGAACAAUUUCUCUUAUAUUACAUUUGCAGUUUAAUUGGAAUUGUUUCUAUUGUAUCGACGUUUCGUAUAAAACGUCGCAAUCAUAGUACCAUAAAGUUUUAUCACGUUCCAUACAGGAUAGUAUGUCAAUCAACAAAUAAUUAUCAUCAGUGUAACCUCAGAACAAUGCACUUUUUAUUUAUCGAACCCAUAUAGCUCGAUCUAUCAAUUCAAUCCUAUUUAUUAACGGAGAGGGACACUUAGAUUUUUUAUUUAUAUUUUUCCACUAAUCUUAAAUAUACUGUACAUUAUAUAAAUGAAGAGACUACGUAAAUUAAUAAUCCGACAGGAUAAUCCUUAUUUACAUGUUUAUUUUAUACAAUAAACACAUU